AUUUGAUUCGUGACCAUACGAGUAAGUGGCGUGUGACGAAAUGGAACGGUGGAGCGAUAAAGUUGCAGUUGUGACAGGUGCCAGUGCUGGUAUUGGCCGAGGACUUGCUGAGCAUCUCGUUGAUUGCGGAUUAAAGGUGGUGGGAUUGGCAAGACGCAAAGAUAAACUGAACGAACUCGCAGAUAAGCUGAAAGGAAGAAAGGGAACGUUCAUCCCCGUAGUCGCCGACGUAACAAAAGAGAGCGAUGUUCUGAACGCAUUCGAUUGGACUACGAAGAACGUGGGAGUCGUGCACAUCUUGAUAAAUAACGCCGGUUUGGCACGUGCCAAGGGUCUUCUAGAUGGCGAGACGGAAGCUUGGUGGGAGAUCUUCGACACAAACCUCUUGGCAUUGUGCGUCGCGACGCGGGAAGCUAUCAAAAUCAUGCGCGCGAAUGGUGUCGACGGUCACAUAGUUCACAUGAACAGCACCGGAGGACACUACGUCCCUAACGUCCCCAAUGUGAACGUGUACUGCGCGUCAAAAUUCGGCGUGACCGCCUUAACCGAAACACUUCGCCAAGAAUUGAACGCCGUCGGUAGCAAGAUAAAGGUUACGAGUGUCAGUCCGGGAUUCGUUGAGGCUGGGGUUCUCGAGAAUUCAGAGUUGUCAGCUACCGUGAAAGAGGUGCAAAUGUGUCCGGGCCUGAAGAUUAAAGACGUUUGUGACGCCGUUGAAUACGUUUUAGCAACUCCUCCUCACGUUCAGGUACACGAGAUAAUUCUCCGGGCAGUGGGACAACAAAUUUGAUCAUCAUCCUCAUAGUUCGAGUGGUAGCGAAAUGACAAUUAAAUAUUUCUUUAUGUUUAAUAUCUAUAAACAUUGUUUAAAAGACAAAUAAUAAUUAAGGCACGUGUU